AUGGAAACGAUUAAUAAUGAUGAUAGAGGCCAAGUGCCUUUAUCAGAAGUGGGAUUUGCAGGACAAAGAUCUGAAGAGAAUAUGCAAAGUAAUAAAGCGUCGACGUCAUCGCAGGAACCCAGCUUUCUACAGAAUAUGGAAAUGUUACUAACUAGAUUAUUAGCGGCUACUCAUGCGCAACCUACGAGUAAUCCUCCGAUACAAUUGAUUCAGUUUGACCCUGAUUGUGUGGAUGCGGACAUAGAAGGUCGCUUUACGGGAGCAUGUCACCGUUGCGGUGUGCCAGGACAUAGAGCUAUUGACUGCCGUAAAAAGCGCGAAGACCCUAGUUCCGUAGAAAAGACACCAAGCCAAUCGUUUAGAAUACCUGAUAAGACGCGAGUGAUUACGUGCUAUGUAUGUGGACAGUCGGGGCACCUCGCGUCAACAUGCCCAGAAAGAAAAGGAGGGAGCAGCGCACAGAUAGUCAAGGAGGUCAACAUCUGCGAGCGCAAAUCAUCGAUGAGCACGUUAACUACAUCAUCUGGUGAGCCCGUUUCAUUUCUUUUUGAUAGUGGAUCUGCUUGUUCGUUAGUCACAUGUAGCUUUUCUAAAAAGUUUUCGGGUACGAUUGAAAAUAAUUUGGUAUAUUUAACAGGAAUAGGUAGAGAAAAUGUAAAAUGUAAUUCACAAGUUCUUAGUUCCAUCAAUGUACAAGGUAUU